UCACGUGAGUGCUGGGCGUGGCGCGCCAUGGCACCCGCCCUCCUCCCCCUCGUCCCUUCGCCUCCUUAUCCAAAGCCACCACGGCUAUGCCACAAACCAACCCCCGCGCGUCCGCUCUGCCGGUGCGACGCCACACGCCGCGAGUUCACUUCCUACACUGCCUCCGUUGCCGCCUCCGCCGCAGCCUCAAUGAGCCCCGCCGCAGCUACUGCGGCAGAUGAGGCGCUCCCUUCGGUGGCACAGUCACCGACGCCUCACCCCCCGAACGGAGGGGCUACCCCGUUGCUGGUCGGCAUCGCAAACACGAGGUCGUGGUCGCAGUACUACGGCAGCGGCUUCUCCAUCCGCGUGCCGCCGUCCUUCGACGACGUCUUGGAGCCCGAGGAUUUCAGCGCCGCGAUGACCUAUUAUGGCGACAAGGCCAAGGUCAGGGCGUACGCAGCUCGGUUCGCAUCUCCAGAUAGGUCAGAACUUGUAAGUGUGGUAAUCAAGCCAUCCAAUCAGCUCAAGAUCACAUUCCUAGAGGCCAAAGAUAUAACGGAGUUGGGCACUCUAAAGGAGGCAUCCAAGUUAUUUGUACCUGGCAGUGCAAAAAUAUACUCAGCUCGAACAAUUAAAGUUAAGGAUCAGGAGGGUAUAAGGAUGUAUUACUUCUAUGAAUUUGGUUUUGACAAACAACAUGUUGCUCUAAUGGCCACCGUGGAUAGUGGGAAGACAUAUAUCGCUGCUGCCACUGCUCCAGAGACGAGGUGGGAGACAGAUGGAGUGACGCUGCGUUCGGCUGCUGUAUCUAUGUCUCUUGCAUGAUUUUGCAAAACAGAACGGAGAACACCAACUAUUAUCAUUAUAUAUUACAACUGCGGUAUUACAACAUCUUGAGUAGAGUUAUCCGUUUUUGUUCUAAAAUUGACUCCCAGUCCAGCGCCCGCUCCAAGCCACAUUUCAAAUGGCUGGCCAUCAGCUUGAAGUCGAUCAAGAAUAAUGAGUUUACAAUCCUCUAUGACACUAAGCUCCCUAAUUUUAAAGGCCUCACAAUCAAUUGAAGUCUUCAAGUUAAAAUUGGAUCAUUGGAUUUUGACCGGCUCAUAAACUUUCAAGGAGCUCUAUCAUUCUAUUCUUUUAAGCUUUCUAAUUUUAGAGGCCUCCUAAUAUAUUAAGGACUUUAAUUUAGAAUUGGGUCACUCAAUUUUGACUGGGUCAAUAAUUUCUUAAUGAGCUCUCAUUUCAUUCUUUUAA